GAUGGAAUGGGUGAAAUGAAAGAAGCUUGAGUGGGUGUGCGAAAAUGGCGGGAAUUUGUUGUCCAAAUCCCGCUGUAAAUCGUAACUGGACGACUCAUCAGUCGUCGUUCAACUCGCAGAAAGCCCACCGCGCACGAUGCUGCUCAGCUGCACCAGGAAAUGGGAACGGAUCCAAAACGCCGCCACUUCUCAAAUUGGCAGUAAGCGGCGUCACUGAGCUGCUCAGGCUCUUCUCUUUCAGCGAGGCUAGGAGAGUGAAUGAAGUCAGCACUAGGGAGACAGAUGAGAUCUUGGUUUCUGGGGUUGAUGAUGUUUUAGGGGUCCUCAAGGCUGAUUAUAAGAAUGCUUACUUUGUUACAGGUGCCUUUUUGCCCUCCUGGGAUUUGUUCAAUCUAUUGUUAUAAUUUUUCAAUUCCCUGCAUUUUUUUUUAAUUACUCUAGCUCUUCCGUUGAAUUUGAUAUCUGCAUUUGAGAUUACUGUGUAGUUUAUAUUUGUCAUUUAUUUUGGAUAUGAUAUGAAUGGGUUCCAUCUGUUUUUUAACUUCUUUUCCUCAUUGUAAUAGGGGUUUUUACUUCUACAAUUUAUGCUGACGAUUGUCUCUUUGAAGAUCCAACUAUUAGAUUCCGAGGUAAACAGCUUUAUUCUCGCAACUUGAAAUUGCUUCUUCCUUUCUUUGAAUCUCCAUCAAUUGGAUUACAAACAA